AUGACGUCCGAUUCGCACUUUCACCCUCCGCACGCAAUACCACCCAGGAUUAGCUCCAACCGAAUGUCAGGUGCAUCUACUCGAGACAAGGCAGCACUAAUGGGAAACUUCGAGAAGGACUGGCUGUCAAAAGGUGACAAGCUUCAGACAAACACCGAUUUGUCUAAAAGACACACGCGAAAUCAGUCAAGUCUCGACGGGACAAAAUACAAAGAUGGGAAAUGGUCCCAAGAGAAUGAGGAGGUGAUCAUGGGUCCGUACGACUACAUGCUGCAACACCCGGGGAAGGACCUGCGACGGCAGAUGAUCAACGCUUUUAACGUAUGGUUGAAGGUGCCAUCUGAGAGCCUGGCCAUCAUCACCAAAGUAGUGGCUAUGCUCCAUACCGCUUCAUUAUUGAUCGACGACGUCGAAGACAACUCUCUUCUCCGGCGAGGAAUUCCGGUCGCACAUAGCAUCUAUGGCACCGCGCAGACGAUCAAUUCGGCAAACUACGUUUACUUCCUCGCCCUCCAGGAGGUGCAAAAACUGAAGAGUCCGGCAGCUAUCGACAUAUACGUCCAGGAGCUGCUGAAUUUACACAGAGGGCAAGGCAUGGAUCUGUUCUGGCGAGACACGCUCACUUGUCCAAGCGAAGAUGAAUACUUGGAGAUGGUGGGCAACAAGACUGGAGGUUUGUUCCGGCUAGCUGUGAAAUUGAUGCAAGCUGAAAGCAGCACUGGAAAGGACUGUGUGGCCCUUGUGAAUGUUUUGGGACUGGUCUUUCAGAUAUGCGACGACUAUCUCAAUUUAUCCGACACGACGUAUACCCAGAACAAAGGGCUCUGUGAAGACCUCACAGAGGGCAAAUUUUCAUUCCCCAUUAUCCACAGCAUUCGAUCGAACCCGGGGAACCAUCAGCUCAUCAAUAUCCUCCGGCAGAGAACAAAGGAUGAAGAAGUCAAACGCUACGCGCUCCAGUAUAUGGAAAGCACGGGCAGUUUCAAGCAUACGCAGGAUGUUGUUCGGCAGCUACGUGCCAGAGCUCUGCAGCUCAUUGAAGAGAUUGAGAACAGCGAAAAUGGCGAGCAACCGGAGGAACACAAUGACGGUACGAUGGUCCGGGCAAUCCUCGAUAAAAUCACAGAAUCCACCUUGGCUGAUACGAAUACGACUACGAGAGAUAUCAACGGCAACUGUGCGACCCGUUAAUGCUUCUCUUUCUUUGAAUCUUAGCUGCAUACCACAUCUUUUUCGGCGGUGUUUGGGAUUUAGAAAGGUUACACAUGAUCUAAUGACGAGGUUACGAUGAUUCGUUUCGGGUGUCUAUUAUUCUAUAAUUAUUUGCGGGAGAUCCAUAACUGUUGUUCUCUCCAGCGCUCGAAUUGGGAAGGUUCCAAUAGCACUCCGGGUA